CAAGCCUUCGCCGCAGGCAGAGGAUGUCCUGGAUGCUGGCGGUUAGGAGAGCGCUCCUGGCUCUCCGGAGAAGGGUGGCUGUGUGGUCCUUGUGGAUGCCCCUUCUCUGGGCAGCACCGCUUCCUGUCGCGGCUACUGGUGCCCACGUGCAGGGCCAGGUCGGGGGCUCGGUGCUGCUGGCGGCAGAGUGCCACCCUGGCUUCCAAGUCCGAGAGGCCAUCUGGCUGUCUCUCUGGCCCUCGGAGGAGCUCCUGGCCACGUCUUUCCGGGGCUCCCUGGAGACCCUGUACCACUCCCGCUUCCUGGGCCGCACCCGGCUGCACCACAACCUGAGCCUGGAGCUCGGGCCGCUGGAGCCUGGGGACAGCGGCAACUUCUCCGUGUUGCUCGUGGACAUCGAAGGCCGGGCCUGGACCCAGACCCUACAGCUCAAGGUGUAUGAUGCAGUACCCAGGCCUACGGUACAAGUGUUCAUUGCUGUAUCUCAGCCUCCCAAGACCUGCCAGGCUUUCCUGUCCUGUUGGGUCCCCAAUAUCAGUGACAUAACCUAUAGCUGGCGACAGGAGGGGACCAUGGACUUUGGUAUCAAGCCACACGGCCUCUUCACAGAUGGACAGGUGUUGAGGGUUUCGCUGGGACCAGAAGACAAGGGCAUGGCCUUUUCCUGCAUUGUCGCCAACCCCGUCAGCUGGAAUUCGACUAUAGUCACCCCCUGGGAGAGCUGCCAUCAUGAGGCAGGGAAGGCCUCCUACAAGGAUGUGCUGCUGGUGGUGGUGCCCGUCUUGCUGCUUCUGGUCCUGGCCGGUCUCUCUGCCUGGUACUGGGGCCCCUGCUCAGGGAGAAAGAAGAAGGAAGUCUGUGCUGAUGAAGUCACUCUACAGACAGAGAACCCACUUGUGUAGGAUCUGCCCUGAGGGAGGAGAUAAACUGAUGUGGGAUCAUGAGGAAACCCACUGCCCAGGCACAUGACGGUCCAGGACCUAGUUGAUGCCUGGAAACUACCGUGAUCCUCGUAGCUCCUGUGAGACGCCGUUGCACUCUCCAGGGGCAGCCGGGGCAGCCGUCACAUUGGGAGGACAGGAAACAUUGGCACAACCUUCCACACUCUCUCCCUUCCCUCUGGCCGUAUUGCAUGCCCUGGCUUUGGUCUGGGCAAGAUGGGCCUAAGAAGACAUUCCCUAAAGGACACCGGACAUUCUCCAGGACCCACAGGGACAGUGACUGUGCAGGUCAUUCACUUCCCACCAUUGCAUUUGUUGAAGUCCUAAGCCCAAUUUCUCAAAAUAUGACUAUUUGGAGAUAGGGCCUUUAAAGAUAUAGUUAAGGUUAAAUGAAGUCAUUGGAAUAGGGCCCUAAUUUACUAGUAAUAUGCCUGGGGUCCUUAUAAGAAGAGGAGCAACACCAGAAAAGCACACACAGAGAGAAACAGCCAUGGGAAGACACAGAGAGAUUGAAGCCAAAGAGUGAGGCCUCAGUAGACACCAACCCAACUGAUAGAGUGAUCUUGGACUUUCUGUGAGAAAAUAAAUGUCUGCUGUUUAAGUCACCCAGUCAGUGGUAUUUUGUUAUGAUAGCCCUGACAGACUGACCUGCAGCAACAGAUUGCCUC